ACAUUUCGGAAUUAUAUAAUAUCUUUGUAUCUUUGUUACUUAAAACUUAUCUUUAAAAAAUGGUAAAUUUCGGAACGCAUUUGGGAGGUGCACUUCCGGCAAAUUUUUUAAUAAGUAUAUAUGUAUUUAUUUUAUUAUUGUAUUAUUGCUUAGUCUGUACCUUUCGGUUUUGAACGAACUUUCGAUUUUACAUCUCUUAUACCUGUUUCGCUUCUUAUAUGUCUAUCUCCCCUCUUAUCCACUCUAUUAUAUUGCACUCCCUUAAUUAUUCUAUCUCUAAAAGCUAAAAUUAAAAACUAAAAAUUAACAAUUAAUGACUAAAAACUGUUGCAACUUUGGGCUUUUGCCUCCUUGCUGUGCUUCCUUCCUGUCGUUCCUUCCCGUCUUGUAUUGCCCUUCUCCUCUCUGUUAUUGCUUUUAUUUCUGUUAAACCUUCUCCAGUAUCAUUUAGUGUUUUUCCUAUGUCCUUUAGUCUUCUCGUUAUUUCACAUUCUUCUAUUACAUGUCUCAGGUCUUCUUCUUUCCUUCUACAUAAUCUGCAUCUUUUUUCUCCCUCUUCUUUCCAGUAUCCCUUGCUUUGGUCUCGUUUCCACAUCUGAAUCUUGCUAAUAUUUUUCUGUCCUUUCAUUUCAUCCUCCCUUCUAAGUAUUUUGGUAACUCUUCUUUGGCGAUAUUUCUGUAAUAUGAAAGAAGAUAAACGUGCUAAUCUAACUACAGAGAGCGAUGAGCUUUCUAAGAAGGCUCUUAAGAAACAGCAAAGAGAAGCAGAAAAAGCAGCAAAGAAAGCUGAACGUAAAGCUCAGAUUCAAGCACAACAAGAUGCAGUUCAAGAAGAGGAUAUAUCAGUUGGGAAAUAUGGAGAAAUAGGAUUAAUACAGAGUAAAGAAAAACACACAGAAAGGAAAUUUACUGAUGUUAAAAAUUUGAAUCCCAAUUUAGAAAAUCAGACUAUAUGGUUAAGGGGACGUUUACAUACUAGUCGUGCUAAAGGUAAACAGUGUUUUAUCGUUCUAAGACAGCAAUCUUAUACAAUACAAGGUUUAGUUGCAGUCAAUGAAAAAGUCAGCAAACAAAUGAUUAAAUUUAUAUCCAACAUUACCAAAGAAUCUAUCGUGGAUGUAGAAGCAGUUGUAAAAUGUGUUCCUUCCAAAAUUGAGUCAUGUACUCAAAAAGAUGUUGAAGUUCACAUUGAAAAAGUUUUUGUAAUAAGUGUUGCAAAACCACAAUUGCCUUUACAAAUUGAAGAUGCUUCAAGACCUGUAGGGGAAGCCGAUGAUAAUGCUUUGAACAUAAAAGUGAAUCAAGAUACUAGAUUAGAUAAUAGAGUCUUGGAUCUAAGGACUCCUGCUAAUCAGGCUAUAUAUAGAAUAGAAGCAGGUGUCUGUAAAUUAUUCAGAGAUAUACUUACAAGUAAAGGAUUUGUUGAAAUUCAUACACCAAAAAUUAUAUCUGCUGCAAGUGAAGGUGGUGCAAAUGUAUUCACAGUAUCAUAUUUUAAAGGAAAUGCUUAUUUAGCACAGUCUCCACAACUUUACAAACAAAUGGCAAUAGCUGCUGACUUUGAUAAAGUUUUUACAACAGGAGCAGUUUUUAGAGCUGAAGAUUCAAAUACUCAUAGACAUUUGACAGAAUUCGUCGGUCUCGAUUUAGAAAUGGCAUUUAAAUACCAUUAUCAUGAAGUAGUUGAUACUAUUGGACAGUUAUUUGUAGAGAUGUUUAAAGGUCUCCGUGACAAUUACGCUGCUGAAAUCGAGGCUGUACGUCAGCAGUAUAAUGUCGAACCAUUUAAAUUUUUAGAUCCACCUUUGAAAUUAGAAUUUAAGGAUGCUAUUGAAUUAUUAUCGGAAGCUGGUGUAACUUUGGGCGAAGAAGAUGAUUUAUCUACGCCGGAUGAAAAAUUGUUAGGCAAACUUGUUAAAGCAAAAUACGAUACGGAUUUUUACAUCUUGGAUAAUUAUCCAUUGGCAGUAAGACCGUUUUAUACCAUGCCAGAUCCAAAUAAUCCAAAAGCAUCAAAUUCUUAUGACAUGUUCAUGCGCGGUGAAGAAAUUAUGUCUGGUGCGCAACGUAUUCAUGAUCCUGAACUUCUUACAGAACGUGCAAAGCAUCAUGAAAUUGACAUAGAAAAGAUAAGAUCAUAUAUUGAUGCAUUUAAAUAUGGUUGCCCUCCUCAUGCUGGUGGUGGUAUUGGAUUGGAGCGUGUUGUUAUGUUAUAUCUUGGCUUAGACAACAUUAGAAAAGUCUCGAUGUUCCCUCGUGAUCCUAAACGUAUUACGCCAUAAAAUUUCAACUUUAAAAUAAUUCGUGUAGGACAUAUAUAUUAAUGUAUAAUGAAUACAUUUGUAUCAUUUGUAAUUACUAUAUCAUUGAAAAAAAACAAUAAACAGACAUUUUGAGUACGUUUUCAGUUAGGUAUAAUGUCUAUAGUGAUUUAUAAUAUAUCGUAUAUGUAAAUUGUAAUAAUAAUAAAAAAAAGUAUUGCAAUUUUCGCAAUAUACUGUGA